AUGUCGAACCGUUUCUCCGUCUAUUCGACUCAAUCCGGGCUUGGAGGUAGCCGUCCAACGAACCAGGUCUCAACCACUACUUUGCUGAAUGCCCUUCACGCACAUUACACUUCAGGGCUACCAUAUCAAUUGGAUGCCGGUUCAAGCUUGGCUGUCAACACCUGGGUAACCGCAACCCAGGUUGGCCCGGACGGUCACAGUGGAGGCACGAUAGACCGCGAGCUGGCAGUAAGAGCAUGGGAACACGCACGGCGAAGAGCAGAAGAUGGUUGCAUUGUUUUAUGCUCAACCCAUCAAUCUACUCCAUCGGUCUUUGAACCGUUUCUAACCGCCCUGCCUCUCGGAACCCCUAGCAUAAUGUUCACUGCGCUCUCUGCGCUCAACCCGUUUCUUCGUGCCGUUACGUCUUUUAAUCCCUCAUAUGCUCUCUACUCCGCUUUAUCUGCCAACUUCACAUUUACCCUCAAAGGCGACUUGGUUGCCCUCAAUCUGGCUUUGUCCACUUCUGGCAUCAAUGUCCGCAAAGGACUGCUUGAUAUCCCAACAGAACCUGGAUACCGUGCCUUUGAUGUAUUCUAUUACCUUCUCACGUCCUCCUCGACUCAAGCUGAGCGCGAGUUCUUAGCUCUGCAAGAGCCCUCUGCCUACGCCUUGCUGAACAAGUCCGGCACGUACACUCCGCCAUCAUAUCUUCCUACCGCCGACGAUGCUGCCGCUGCGGAAGAUUUCAGGGUUGCUCUUAAAGCCAUCGGGAUCAAAGGAGCUUCCCUACGGAAUCUCCUCUCGGUCCUUGCUGGGCUGCUCAAGCUGGGCAACGCAGCCGGAUUCCUCGUAGAUCAAGAAGAACUCGAGGAAGCCUGCGAAGAAGUCGGGGAUCUCCUUGGUGUGGAUCCUGAGGUUCUCCUGCACAAAUGCGCUACCGAUGAACGAGAGCUUCUGAUUACCGGCAUUUAUGAAGCCCUCGUUGACUGGGUGUUAAGCAAAGCGAACGAAGCCAUUUCCAGCGAGCUUCAGGAACUCAACGCGAACGGAUCAGGGGCAGGUGGGCAGUGGAAUGACGAUGACACUGUUAGCAUUGCUGUCGUUGAUAUGCCCCGCCCAGCCUUUGGAAAGGCCGUUGCGUUGCGGAACGUAUUUGACGACACAGUCGGUAUCAAUGCGGAAAUGAAAGAUGAUGGCGUCCCUGCACCUCCUGUAGGGCAAGCCGUCACCAGUGAGAUGGCAGCUGCGGUUGAGCAGUUCGGGCCAGAUCUUGGACUUAGCACAGACCCCGCUAAGGAUUAUGAACUGGACAAAAGGCAGGGCGUGUUGGAGAAGAUCGGGAUCGAUCUUGAUACCGAUUCGUUCCUUCGGCAAAUCCUGACUCCAGUUGAAGGUGAAGGAAUUGCCGUAGGGAAAAAGGGCCGCUUUGAUCUUGCCAGUACUCUCGGUAGCAGCAGAGUUUGGCACCACAUUUCUGUCCACCCCAGUGACGAUUUGCCGGAAUCCUUCAGCCCCUCCGUGCCGACAUCCUCAUGGUCCGCUGGUGCCGUGUCUCGCCAGAUUCGCGAGUGGCGGCUUGCGGAAUGGGCGAACCGCCGUCUCAAGCAAUUCGAUUUUACUGCCGACUUUGACGUGGACGAGUUUGUCAGUCGGUAUGCUCGUCUAGGUUGCGCCGAUGGUAGGGAUGGUGUGGAGAGUUGGCUGAUGCAGAGGGGAUGGACAAAUGGCGAUGCUUUCGUCGGUCACCAGCGGGUUUGGAUGAGAGAAAACGCCUGGUGGGAGGCCGAGACGAUGAUUGACCUGAAACCCGACGAACCACCUUCGACGCAUUCCUACAACUACAGCAACCCCAUGCUCGAUGCGAAUUAUGUCAGUACACCCAUGGCCGAAUCUGCAAGUCUUCUCGGUGGCAGCCAGAGCAAUCUACUCAGACAUAGCACAAUGGCUCCCAGUGUUCUUGGAGGCGCCAAGUCUAUUGCACCCACUGUUCCUCCUUCCCAGAACAUGGUCGGUGACUAUGGCCUGGGCAACAAAGGCGAUGACAAAAAGUGGGACAACGUUUACUUCGACGGCGAUCCCGAGAAUGGCGACCCCAGACAUAUAGAAAAGGCCGAGGUUACCUUUGGCCGCCGUGUGUGGACUGGCUUUGUCUGGGCACUCACCUUUUGGAUCCCGUCAUUCAUGCUUCGUUAUGUCGGGCGGAUGAAACGACCCGACGUGCGGAUGGCCUGGCGAGAAAAGGUCAUUUUGGUCCUCUUGAUUCUCCUCUUCAACGGCAUCGUCUGUUUCUACAUCAUCGCUUUUGGUGACCUGCUUUGCCCGAAUAAAGACAAGGCCUGGAACGAAAAAGAAGUCAGCUGGCAUUCAACAAGCAGUAACUACUAUGUAUCAGUCCGCGGCUAUGUUUACGACAUCACCAAAUUUGCAAAGGUCACUCAUGGUGAUGUGCAACCGGAAGCAACUCCUUCUUUGAUGGAACCAUUGGCUGGUAAGAACCUAGACGCCUACUUUCCGCCUCCGUUGACUCGCCUGUGCUACCCCUAUGUAAACGACACGUCGAUUGAAUUGCGCAACAACAACACUCUGGCCACGGACGACCAACCUCUUGCCAUUCACAGGACUGGCCGUCUCCAGUCAAACCCAAAUACCCUGUUGAAAGAAAACACCUGGUAUGAGGAGCACUUCCUGCCAAAGAUGCAGGAGUACUAUAAAGGAGAUCUGGUUUGGACAAGGGGUACUGUCAAAAGGCAAGCGGAGAAUAGCGACCAGCGGAAGUGGGUCAUUGCUCAUAACAAGGUGUAUGAUUUGACCGAUUAUUUCGCUACCCUGGAUGACAUGAACGAUCUCGAAACCUACGACUACCUUCCCGCUGCUAUCACUGAUCUAUUCAAGAACUAUCCCGGCCAGGACGUCUCUGACAAAUGGCCAUUGCUGGACGAACCCUUCAGGAAAGCUGCAAAUUGCCUGGAUUAUGUCUUUUACAAGGGAAGGACGGAUUUCCGAGAGAGUGCGCGAUGCACCGUCAACAACUGGAUUCUGUUGGCGUUCACGAUUCUUAUUUGCGCUGUUGUUCUCGUCAAGUUCCUUGCCGCUUUGCAGCUUGGAACCAAGCGUCGUCCUGCUCCACAGGAUAAGUUCGUUAUUUGCAUGGUGCCUGCCUACACGGAAGGUGAAGAUGCCCUCCGCAAGGGUCUCGACUCGCUCACUGCUCUUCAAUACGACAACAAGAGAAAGCUUAUCUUUGUGAUAUGUGAUGGUAUGAUUGUCGGUGGCGGCAACGAUCGACCAACUCCAAAGAUUGUGCUCGACAUUCUAGGAGUCGAUCCCAAAAUCGACCCCCCAGCAUUGCCGGUAAAAUCCAUUGGCCAGGGAAGCGAGCAGCUCAACUAUGGCAAGGUGUACUCUGGUCUCUAUGAGUACGAGGGCAACGUGGUACCCUACAUUGUCGUCGUCAAGGUCGGCAAGGAGUCUGAACAGAGCAAGUCCAAGCCUGGGAACAGGGGCAAACGAGACUCUCAGGUCCUUCUCCUUAGCUUCCUCAACCGCGUGCACCACCGUGCCCCAAUGUCUCCUCUCGAGCUGGAAAUCUUCCACCAGAUCAAUAACGUCAUCGGUGUUGACCCGGAGCUUUAUGAGUACUGUCUGAUGGUGGAUGCGGAUACAAGUGUACGAGAGGACUCUCUCAACCGUCUUGUAGCCGCCUGUGCCAAUGACGCUCGGAUUGCUGGUAUUUGUGGUGAGACGAGUCUUCAGAACGAGGAGCGAAGUUGGUGGACAAUGAUUCAGGUCUACGAAUAUUAUAUCUCUCACCACCUCGCGAAAGCUUUCGAGUCUCUUUUUGGCAGCGUUACCUGUCUUCCCGGAUGGUAA